UUAUUAUUGAUUGUACCGACAAUUUUAUCGGAUAUCCUUUAUUAUCAUGAUCAUUUAAUAGAUGAAACCUUUCGACUCAUCAAAAUAAUCAAACAACAACAAAAACAUUAUUUAUAUUCAUUUGAAUACUCAAAGCGACAACAACUUUAACAUUCGAAUUAUUUUUUCAUAAACAAAAAUUAUUUUUCAAUAAUAUGGCUCUAAAUUCAUAUUUAUGGAAUUUUAUACAAUCACCCGUUGGUUAUUCAUUCGAUAUUGAAAAAGCUUGUAUCGACAAAGAUCGUCCAAUAGAAGAACAAUUACAUGAAGUUUUUCAUUCAAUGAAAGAGACAUAUGCCGAUGAUGAAGAACUUAUUGCUUAUAUUGAUAGAAUCAAAGAAGAUUCCGAACUCAUUUAUAUACAGGCGGUAUUAUUCGAUUUUGAUGAACAAACUCAAGGAAAUGGUUAUUGGACACUAUUGAUCAUAAUGAUUAAAUUUGGUCGAAUAUUAUCGGAUCCGGAUUUGAAAAAGAAAAUUGGACGAUUACCAUUAUUACAUUUAAUGCAAAUCAUGACUGAAGGAUUAAAAGUUGGUCUUCAAUUACAUACACCCAAAUUGGAAUCAUUAAAAUCAAACGAUUCAAAUGAAAAAAUUAAUCUUAGUUUAUUCACAGAUGAAAUGGAUUUUGAAGGUAUUUUAGAUCUGAUACAAUCGUUAAAAGUUCCAAUGACUUCUUUUUAUGAACAUUUCAAUUUUUGCUGGCUUGGCACAAUGUCCAAAGUAAUGCAACUGUUUACGAAUUUUAUGGCCAUUUAUUCAACUCAAUGGAAAUCAUUUAAAAUUUACAAUUGGUUUAGUACCAAAGCACGAGCUCAGAUGUUCACCAAUAUGGUUUUGAACGUUAAUGUUGAUUGCCUGCAAAGCAUGUGGAAUAUAACGGAUUUUCCAUUGGUACGAGUAUUUACUCCAAGUUUUUGGAAUCGUUUUCUUAUCGAAACUAUUAACAUUUAUUCACCACGUCAACAACGGUGGAUUAUCGAUGCAACUAAACCGAUCGUACAUGAUCGUCAAGCUGAUCCUAACAUUCCAUAUCCAGUGAUGAAGUCGAAAUCAUCCGUACGUGGACUUUUGUUCCGUUAUCGUCAUAAUCCAAAAAAUAAAUCAUUAAUGUUUCAUUUACAUGGAGGUGGAUUCAUAAGUCAAUCACCGGAAUCACAUGCAUGUUAUCUGGUUAAAUGGGUUCGAAAAUUAGAUGAUAUACCAAUUUUGAGUAUAGAUUAUACACUUAGUCCACAGGUAAUUUUUCCCGAAGCAUUACAAGAAAUCCUUGACGUGUAUCUAUGGCUUAUAAGUAAAGAUCCUGAAGUUGAAAAAGCUCUUGGAUUUUUACCCGAAAAAAUUGUCUUCUGUGGCGAUAGUGCCGGUGGAAAUUUUUCAAUGGCUAUGAUGCUAAUAUUGAAUCAGAUACAGAAGAAAAUGGCCGAAUCUGAUGAAGAUAAACAAACAUUCCGCUAUCCAAACGGACUUUUUCUUUUUUAUGCCCCAUUGGUAGUUGCUACAAUGGUGAGUCCAUCACGAAUUCUUACUUCAAUCGAUGGUUUGAUUCCACUUGGAACAUUGCUCAAUUGCCUUGGUGCAUAUUUACCUAACGAAAUAUUCGAGGAUAAUCUGCCUGAAGACGAAAAUACUGAUGAUGUUCAAGGCAAAGAAACUGUUGCAUAUCAAGUUGGUGGAUAUUUUGUGCAUAAAUUAAAAGAUGCACUCAGCUACUUGCUUCAAUUAAAAGUGGUUUAUCGAAUUAAACCGUGGUAUCGACGAACUGGUAAUCUAAAGAAAUGUUUAGCUAGAAUGAAUGCAUUCGUGCAGAAUCCUUUUAUUUCACCAUUAUUGGCUGAAAGUGUGGAAGAUUUCAAUCACAUACCAUUAUAUUUAUAUCCAUUGACAUUUGAUGCAUUUUUAGAUGACAGUAUUGAAAUGGCUAAACGAUGGCAAAAAGAUAAGGUCAAAGUGGAAAUACUUGAUGAUCUUCCGCAUGGAUUUUUGAAUUUUGUUGAUUUUGAUUAUAAAGCACGUAAAGCAAGCUAUAAAUGUAUAGAUCGAAUUAAGGAAAUUUUACAACAUAUUGAUGAUUAAUUGAUUGACAAUACUUUUAUAGAAUGUUAUUGUUUUUUUU